AUGACACCGGAACGACUAGAAUCGAAAACCAAACCAGGCAACUGCACGGCCCUUUAUUUUGCCGCUCAAUCAGAAAUCGUAACAAUUGCAGAGGUGAUGGUGAAAAAGAACAACAAACUGCCAAUGAUCCCCAAGGAUGACAUAUCCAAGGUUGACCACUUUACGAGAUACAUCACACAAAAUUCUGGAAAUUGUAAAGUUAACACCUGGAGAGAAGGAACUUCUUUGGUAUCCUUUGGAAAUGUUGGCCAAAAAACCUUCGGAAAUUGGCAGCAAAAGUUAGCCAUCAGUGUGGGAAAGAUGCUUAAACUCCUAGGUCGGUUCUGCAACAAAGCUUUGAUGCAAGCAUCGGCCCAUCAAUUAGUUUACCGCCUUUGGAAACAACUCAGAGGCGACAUAUAUUUCUCGUCAACUGCGAUUGAUGAUGACAAGCAUAUGAUGAAACUACUUGUUGAAGCUACAAAAGUAGGGAACCUUGAAUUUGUAAUCAUACUUAUACGCUCUUAUCCCGAUCUCAUAUGGCAAGUUGACAAGGAAUAUGGAACUUUAUUUCACGUUGCUGUUAAACAUCGACAAGAGCGUGUUUUUAAUUUAAUAUAUGAUAUAGGUGUUUUGAAGGGCAACCUUGCGAGCUAUGAGGCCGAUGGGGGGAACAACAUGGCAAUUGCCUUCUUCAGAUCGACUGAAUAUCGUCUCAGAAGCAGCCCUUCAAAUGCAACGAUAGUUAUUGUGGUUUCAAGUACGUACAUGCGGGAGAUAGAAAAGAUUGUGCCAAAGUUAUAUGUGAACAAGCGGAAUGAAGAAGGAGAAACACCUAGGGAUAUACUUAAGAGGACCCAUAAAGAACUACAGAAGAAUGGUGAAAUUAAAAUUAAAAUUUGUACUUUAAUGGAUGAUGUUAAGGAGUUUGAGAAAAUUCAUACAGAGCUCAUGGAAGACCUAGAGAAUUCUUCAAGAUCUACUUCUUUGGUUGGAGAUAAUUAA